AUGUCGCGCUCCUUCCACGCCAAACAUGCGGACCAGUGGGGCGUCCCAUCCGCAUGGGCUGCUGAGUGGAUCUUCAAGGCGUUCAAAUACUGCACCACGCCGGAGGGGCAGGAAGAAUUCCGAAGCUGGGUAUUGCACCUGUACGGUGAAUUUGAGGGUGGCGAGAAGUUGAAAAAGUGCAAGGAGCGUCCGGCACCGAAGAAGAUAUCGGAGAUGAACAACGAAGAGCGAACAUUUCAAAGAGCCGCAUCUGACCUUAGUGCUGUCACCGGUGUAACCUGUCAGCCCGACGAAUUGAGGCUAUAUCACGAGUUCGCACAGAUGAACCGGAUCGCCAUUCCACCUCGUUCAAAGGCCGCUCCCAGUCGUCGUAAAGGAGAGACGUCCGAACAGUGGCUGAGCCGUCGUAAUGAGGGGAUGGCAAAGGGUGGCCGCUCUCCCGAAUUGAAUUGGCAGCUCUGUAGAGCUAUUGCUCUCAGUGAACUCGACCGGGUGCGAGAUGAAGCUGUAGCACUGCGGGCAGACAUAGAGCUCUUCACGCGGAAGCUGAUAGCACGUCAAGAGUCCAUAAUACCGUCGCCAGAGACUGUACGACUUGCUCGUGUCUCUCCUAUACAAAUGCACAUCAAGACGGGACAAGAUGCCUGGAGAGCCAUAACAAUCCUUCAACAUCUAGCCCAUUCCGCGUGGUAUCAGGCCGCAUCAUUGUUCGAGCACCUCGCCGAGAGGGGACUCACAACUCCCCGCUCACUGGAGCGGGAGUACAAGAAGGACGACGAGUUAUUCUGGAGACUAUUGCGUACCUUCACCGCUGUGAUGGAGUUCGACCGCCAGAUGGGAGGACAGACUUGUCAGAUAGUCAGUCACAGCGAGUACUAUCGCCCGUGGUUCAAGCGUUACCGUACGGAAGAUGGCGUAGGACGCGUGGAAAUUGAUCAUGACGCCGUCAAAGCACGUCCGCCCGCCGAUUCUCUCGACCACGCCGUUCUGAACUGCUUCAUUCUAUCGCCUGAUGGUUGGCCGACCAUUGUCUUCUUUGCUGAGCUGCAGCUCGCAGUGAAACAUGAUGCCAGGGUCGGUCAGAGGUUCAGUCCCGCGGCGUACGAGAUCAUAGGAGACUAUGCCAUCGUGCAGGAGUUCAUCACCAACAUGUACGAUUCGCCCUUCGGAGAGACUUUCAAAGCAUACGCAUUGUCCAUUAUGUCCCGUUGCUCCAACCCUGAGAUUGUUUCGCGCCUGGCAUUCCUGCAGCUGGGCUCCGACUCGCCUUCUGCUCCCCGUCCAAUGUACAAGUAUGGCAAGGCGAGCAGUGUAUCGCACGAUCAAGUCAUGCGUUGGAUACAAGCCCGAGUCGGUGACAAUCUCUACUAUGGACCGGAGCUCGGCGACGGGACGUACACGGCGCAGAACUUCUGGGUUCAGGAUAUGUCCCUGUUCGAUCCUCUCAUGCUCCGUUUAGACGAAGAUCUUUGGCGCAUGGCAAGCAAGCUCGACAAGCCCGGUCAAGCCGGGACUGUCGCGAGGAUGUACGGUCUGCUCGAUCCUAAGGAUCCUGGGCGGUUAACGUUCAGAAAGAGGUUGGAAAGGAAAUUGUUGGAGGGGAGCCCCAAGCCACAGACUACACCCGCGCCGACGGCAAAGGUCUAUGAAUCAUCGAUUCCCGUGGCGAUGCCUGGCGCCAAGGAUGAUGCCGCUAUGUCGGGGCACAAGUAUGCGACGGAGGCAGGGACGGAAAGUACAGCUUCCAAAAGCAAGAAGAAGAAAAAGAAGGGCAAGGCUGCCAACAAGUCUGAGGAACCGGAUGCCACUGCUUCCGUCGACGGCGUCACUGCCUCUCUAGAUGCGACCAAGAUCACUGAGGAGACAACACCCGCUCAAACACAAGUUGACCAGCCUCAAACUGUGAACCUCGAUGAAGUUCCCGAUGCGCUUCCCGGCAAGUUUGUGCUGCCCAAGAAGAUGGCGAAGAUUAUUCACCGUCUUCUAGACGGGCGCUACGAUGAUGAUGAUUGGGACAAACGGGACGCGGACGCGCCUGCGAAAGGCGAGGUUCGAUGGCAGGACUUCGAGAAGGUCAUGCGUCGUAUCGGCUUCCAGAUCGUACAGACGGCAGGAUCGUCGGUCCGCUUUGACCCUCCCGCCAAAACCGCGCGUCCGAUCUCCUUUCACAGGCCCCAUCCUGACGCGAUCAUACCGCACGUCAUGGCGAAAUGGUACGGCGCUCGGCUUUCGCGGGUGUAUGGAUGGACGAUGUCGACGUUCGAAGCGAAGGCGGGUCCUGAGAAGGACGACGCGGAAUAG